AUGCAUGAAUUUAAGGAGGCUAUAGUGCAAUGGUCAGUAUUAAAUGGAAGAGAGAUAAAGUUUGUAAAAAACGACAAGGUUAAAGUGAGAGUAGUGUGCAAAGGCAAUUGUGGGUUUUUGGCUCUUGUUAGUAAAGUGGGGAAUAAACACACUUAUAGAAUGAAGAAAUGGUUAGGCCCUCACACAUGUGGUAGGGUUUUGAAUAACACUACUGCUAACUCCAAGUGGAUUGCGAAGACUGUGGCUUCUAGGAUGACUUCUUCUGAUGGAAUCAAGCUUCGUGAAAUAGUCUCUGAUAUUAGGAAUACUUACUAUGUGGAAUUAAGAAGGGUUAAUGCUGGGAACACUUACAAAAUUAAUGUCAUAAGAGUUGGUCCAACAAUGCAACCCAAAUUUGGAUGCUUUUAUUUUUGCUUUGAUGGAAUCAAGAAAGGAUUCACACAUGUUUGCAGGCCAUUCAUUGGUGUUGAUGGUUGUCACCUAAAGACAAAAUAUGGAGGCACCCUUCUUGUGGUUGUUGGUAUGGAUCCUAACGACCAAUAUUACCCAUUGGCUUUUAGUGUGUGUGAGACUGAGACAAAGGAGUCUUGGAGGUGGUUCCUGACCUUGAUUUUGGAAGACAUUGGACAAGAGAAAAGAUGGGGACUGAUUCUUGUAUUUGAAGAGAUGUUUGAGAGAGUGGAGCAUAGACUCUAUCUUAGGCAUUUAUAUGCCAAUUUCAAAAAGAAGUUUGGUAGUGGCACACAGAUAAGAGAUUUGAUGAUGGCUGCAGCAAAGGCCACAUAUAUACAAGCAUGGGAAGCAAUGAUGAAAGAGUUGAAGGUGCUUAAUCAUAAGGCUUGGGAGUGGUUGAUGAAAGUACCUACCAAAUUAUAG